CAAGAAGACACCACUUCCUCCGAGCCCUCACAAUCAAAACAUUAUUUGUGCGCAAUGGGUGAGUCUUCAUCUCCCGAAAGACAGCGUCUAAUCUAACACUUGGCGCACAUAGUCGCGGAGCGGAGACUGCUGCACGAUGCUCCGGCUGAACGACACCGUGGAGGCGGAGAGUGCUGCGAUCCUCCACCCUGCAGAAACCGAGGAGGGGGUUGAGGUUGCCUUCACGCCGCCGGAGGCCGGGCGAAGCCUCGGUUACGGAGCCUCCGUGGCCUGCUGCCCCCCGUUACAGACGCUGACGCCUUUUCAUGUGCAUAACCCCACAAUGCAAGCGAAAGUGAAGGACUACUUCGUGUUUAGGCCAGGUACCAUUGAGCAGGCAGUGAGCGACAUCAGGACCGUGGCACUCCCUUCCGAGGAUGGAGAGGUGCUCAGCGUCUGGCUGCUAGCCGAAAUUGACCACUGGAACAAUGAGAAGGAAAGACUAGUGCUUAUAACUGAUAGGUCACUGCUGGUGUGCAAGUACGACUUCCUCAACCUGUUGUGUCAGCAGGUCGUCAGGAUCUCUCUCAACGCCGUAGACACCAUCUCAGUGGGCGAGUUUGAGUUCCCACCCAAAUCCCUCAACAAGAGAGAAGGCUACGGGAUUCGUGUUCAGUGGGACAAACGUCCUCGGGCCUCAUUCAUAAACCGCUGGAACCCCUGGUCUACAGAAAUGCCCUACGCCACCCUCGCUGAGCACCCCAUGGCCCACGCCGAUGAGAAAGUGGCCUCCCUCUGCCAGUUGGACAACUUCCGAACCCAGAUGGUGCAGGCAGUGAAGAAAGCCCACAAGGAGCACCCCAUCCCCGGUCGGGCUAAUGGUGUCCUGAUCCUGGAGAAACCCUUACUCAUCGAGACCUAUUUGGGAAUUAUGUCCUUCAUCAAUAACGAGGCAAAGUUGGGCUACUCCAUAACCAGGGGCAAGAUCGGCUUCUAAAAGUCAGUUUCUCCAAAUUACAACCUAGUUCAGCCCCUGUGUCUGGUUACACUGCCCUGUGUGAGGGAAGCUUUACUACGGUGUAA